AUGACCAAGCCUCUCAUCGCGCUCGGCCUAGAAGGCAGCGCCAAUAAACUCGGCGUUGGCAUAAUCCGCCACCCUCCGCAUCCCAUCUCAUCUUUCAAACCUCGACCCCCAGCUGAAAUCCUCUCUAACAUCCGCCACACCUACAACGCACCACCAGGCGAGGGCUUCCUCCCAAAAGACACAGCACAGCACCACCGCCAACACGUCGCAAGCCUCGUCCAGCAAUCCCUCGCCGAAGCCAACCUGACCUCAUCAGACAUCGAUGUAAUCUGCUACACCAAAGGCCCCGGCAUGGGCGCACCACUCCAGUCCGUCGCAAUAGCAGCACGCACCCUAUCUCUAAUGUGGAACAAGCCUAUGGUCGGCGUAAACCACUGCAUCGGCCACAUCGAGAUGGGCCGCGAAAUCACAGGCGCCACAAACCCCGUCGUCCUCUACGUAAGCGGCGGAAACACCCAAGUAAUCGCAUACAGCAACCAGCGUUACCGCAUCUUCGGCGAAACACUCGACAUCGCGGUCGGAAAUUGUCUGGACCGCUUCGCGCGCACACUAUGCAUACCCAACGACCCCGCCCCAGGCUACAACAUUGAACAAUUGGCGAAGAAAGGCAACAUCCUCCUUGACCUGCCCUACGCAGUAAAAGGCAUGGACUGCUCCUUCUCCGGUAUCCUAGCAAAAUGUGACGAGUACGCCGCACAGAUGGCCAAAGGCACACUGACAGAUCCAAACACCGGCGAAAAAAUAACGCCUGAAGAUCUAUGUUUUACGCUGCAAGAAACAGUCUUCAGCAUGCUCGUCGAGAUCACGGAGCGGGCCAUGGCUCAUGUCGGCUCGAACCAGGUGCUUAUCGUUGGCGGGGUGGGGUGUAACGAGCGGGUGCAGGAGAUGAUGGGGAGUAUGGCGGAAUGUAUGUGCGACCAUAAAGACGUGUCAACACAAUCAGUGUUUGUUGCAAGAGUUGAGAUUGCGAGCUUAUUCAGAUGGGCUGCCAUCUGGCUCGUUAUCGCAAGAUCACAGGGUAACCUCCUAUAA